AUGGCUUCAGCGGCCAGUACGGCCCCAGGCGCUGCUGACAGCGGCCGCAGGAGACACCGCCUGGCGGCUUCACUGCAGAUCAGCCCCCGGCCCAGCCCCUGGCGCCCUUCUGCCAGCCAGGGCCCAAACUCCUUGGAGCCAGCGCCUGCCUCCAGCACGGUGAACAAUGAGGGGGGUGGGCAGCCUCUGGCCUCGGCUGCCGCGGGGGACAGUGGGCCCCCGGCGGGGGCCGGAGUCAGGGUCCCGGGGGCAGCUCAAGCACAGGAAAACUUGGGGGAACAGACGGGGCAGUCCCCGAGGGUCUCUGUCGGGCCUGCCGGGGACGUCCCGAAGGCGGCCAGACAUCUGGGCCUACAGCUCAAAGACCCGCCUCCCGCGGAGGCGGUGACCUUGCUCACCAAGUACGCGGCCAGUCUUGGCAUCUCCCUGAUCUUCCGAGAGGACAAGACGGCAGACCCCUGCUUCCCCUUCUCUGUGUGCGUGGAACUGGAUGGGGUGGCCUGCCCUGCGGGCACUGCCAACAGCAAGAAGGAGGCCAAACAGCAGGCAGCGCUCUCUGCCCUUAGCUACAUCCGGAGUCAGCUGGAGAAACCAGGGGCACAGCCUGUGGGGCCCCCACCUCUGCCCCCUUCUCCCCCAUGUGCAGAGAACAUCCUGACACACGAACAACGCUGUGCAGCUGUGGUCAGCGCCGGCUUUGACCGCCUGGUGGACGAGACCUCGCCGUACUGGGCCUGUAAGGGGACUGUGGCUGCAGUCAUCUUGGAGAGAGAGGUCCCAGAUGCCAGGGGCCACACCAAGGAGAUCUACCAGCUGGUGGCACUGGGCACAGGCAGCAGCAGCUGCUCUGGCUGGCUGGAAUUCUCGGGCCGGCAGCUUCACGACUGCCACGGUCUGGUCAUCGCUCGCCGGGCCCUGCUGAGAUUUUUGUUCCGGCAGCUCUUGCUGGCGACACAGGGCGGACCCAAGGGCAGGGAACGGUCUGUGCUGGCCCCCCAGCCAGGACCCGGGCCCCCCUUUGCCCUCAAGCCCCGGAUCUUCUUACACCUCUACAUCAGCAACACCCCCAAGGGAGCUGCCCACGACAUCUACCUCCCGCAGUCCCCUGAGGGCAGUGGCAGCCUCCUGCACAGCACCCCCUUCCGCCUGCAGGCCCACAUCCGAGGGGAGCUGAAGCCUGUGUGUUACUUGGCACCCAUACUCCGGGACACCCAUGUGGGCUGCCUCUCGGCCAGUGACAAGCUGGCACGCUGGGCCGUGCUGGGACUGGGCAGCGCCCUGCUGGCACACUUCUUGCCUCCCCUCUAUGCCACCAGCCUUGUCCUGGCCGACCCCUGCCACGACCCCCCAACUUUAAGCAGUGCCAUCCACACCCGGCCCACCCUAGAUAUGGGAUCAUGCCUGCCACCUCCCUAUACCCGUAACAAACUGCACCUGUUUUCGGGGCCCCCGAUGGCCACCUCUGACCCCACCCCCAACACCUGCCAUGACCUGAGCCUCAACUGGAGUUUGGGGGACCCUGAUGUCGAGGUUGUGGAUGUGACCACCGGGCGUGUGAAGGCUGAUGCUGCCCUGGGGCCUCCCUCCCGCCUCUGUAAGGCAGCCUUUCUCCGGGCCUUCCGCCAAGCUGCCCAAGCUCUUGGGAAACCCCACCUCCUGGCCUUGAAGACCUACGAGGAGGCCAAGGCUGGGCCCUACCAGGAGGCUCGCCAGCAGCUGUCCGUCCUCCUGGACCAGCAGGGCCUGGGGGCUUGGCCCUCGAAGCCAUUGGUAGGCAAAUUCCGAAACUGA